CUUCUUUUCUUCUAUUCGCCUUUUCCACCUAUCCCUCUUUUCAUUUUUUCGCGUCUCUCGCCUCGCUAUUUCCUCUCACUCUCCGCCUCCUCUUUUUUAUCCCUCUCGCUGCCGUUGCUUCUAAGAUCCCUAAAGACUCCCCGUCGUUUGAUCCUUCCGCGUAAUCUCCACACCUGAUUCCGUCGAUUCCAAUCAAAUCUCGAGAUCUGCUGGUGGCACCUGGUUGUUGCGUUUGGUCUCUGCUUUUCUUCUGGGGUGUUCAGAGAGGAAGGUUGACUAGCAUACUGUUAUGAAGGAACCUAGUGUGCCCGGAUUCAUCCUCUUCUGUUCCAACUAAUCAGCCUACUUCUGGGUUAAACUAAAUAAGAAAAUGGACCGUUGUGAUACAUCUGGAUUCGUUAGUGGGGGUGGGAUGUACCCUUUCAGAGACAUCUAACCCUAGUUCUGUAGCUAAUUUUUUCGACAUCUAACCAAGUUUUGUAGUUUAUUUUUCUUGACCCCAGAAGUCAGGUGAAUUUUUCAUUAAGAUUGAUCUUAGGUUUGGAAAUCACUUUAUGUUUAGCCAUUGCUUCAUGGACAACAGACUCCGGAACUUUGGUUUUGCUGCUGAUUGCCCUUCAAAUGCAUCCAAGAUUUUGGGCAGUUCAAUGCCCGUUGGAGUUGGAGUAGCUGGCACCAAAUUCAGUGCAGAUACUGUCUUGCGCCUUGAUUCCCUAGGAUCUUUGGUUCCCUAUGGGUCUCCCUCUAAGGGUAUUAAGCGGAAGCGGAAUUUGAUUGAUGGAUCCAUGGGCCUAAAUGUUGGUUCUUCACUGUCCCUUGGGCUUCACCGCUCUUCAAGUUCUUCAGACAGUAAGGGGAGUUCAGCAACUGCUUGCACAGCAAUGUCUUCUGCCAAAGAAACUGAUGAAGAGUCCUCAAUGGAUCUUGAAUUGGACUUCUCUCUCCAUCUUGGCAACGAGAAGAUGUCGAGCCCGAAGAAGCCUGCUGGUUCAAAUCUCAAAGGAAUGGAAUUGCAGCCCAGGGUUGACUUGGAGCUGAGUCUCUCCACUGGUCCUUCUGAAUCCGAUAUUACUAGCAUCCAUCCACACUCUAGUUCACUUGAAUUUGGCAUGGAUAUGCCGCUGGCAAUGGGUGGAGCAUCAAAUGUGGAUGAACGAUUGACAUCAGAUAGUUGGAAAUCAGGGAUUGCAUUGCUUCCAUUGCAGAUUUCCCAGAACAAAGAGGCUAGCUUCUUCAACCAGAUUCCAAGAACUAGGGAUCCUACUUCCAGUUUUCCAGACCACUCAUCUAGUGUGAUAACGCCAAAGAGUUCAGUCACCUGCACUUCUGGGAUAACACAGCAGCAACAGCCAUAUCAACGCAGCACUAGCUCAAAGUUAUGUCAGGUUGAAGGAUGUGGAAAGGGUGCCAGAGGUGCUUCCGGCCGUUGUAUUUCACAUGGUGGAGGCCGAAGGUGUCAGAAAGCAGGCUGUCACAAGGGAGCUGAGGGCCGAACAGUGUACUGCAAGGCCCAUGGGGGUGGACGCCGCUGUGAAUUCCUUGGUUGCACAAAAAGUGCAGAAGGUCGCACAGAUUUCUGUAUUGCCCAUGGUGGCGGGCGGAGAUGCAGUCGUGAGGGUUGUGCUCGAGCUGCCAGAGGAAAAUCUGGUUUGUGCAUCCGACAUGGUGGGGGUAAGAGAUGCCAGAAAGAAAAUUGCACAAAGAGUGCAGAAGGUCUAUCUGGUCUCUGCAUUUCUCAUGGAGGUGGUCGGAGAUGCCAAUUCUCAGGAUGCACAAAAGGGGCACAAGGGAGCACCAUGUUAUGUAAGGCACAUGGUGGAGGGAAACGCUGCACUGCUCCAGGAUGCACCAAGGGUGCUGAAGGGAGCACUCCUUUUUGUAAAGGCCACGGAGGAGGAAAAAGGUGCGCCUUCCAACGUGGUGGGGUUUGUAGUAAGAGUGUACAUGGAGGGACUAACUUCUGCGUCGCACAUGGGGGUGGAAAGAGGUGUGCUGUACCUGAGUGCACAAAGAGUGCAAGAGGACGUACAGAUUUUUGUGUCCGUCAUGGCGGUGGAAAAAGGUGCAAGGUUGAAGGAUGUGGUAAAAGUGCUCAAGGCAGCACCGAUUUCUGCAAGGCACAUGGUGGAGGGAAGAGAUGCUCUUGGGGUCAUCCUGGGUCAGAAUAUGGUAACCUACCUUCUGGUCCUUGUACCUCAUUUGCAAGGGGUAAGACAGGUCUCUGUGCACUUCACAGCGGUUUGGUGCAGGACAAGAGGGUUCAUGGUGGUGUCACCUUGGGACCUAUGGUUCAGGACCCUAAAAUUAGUCAUUCUGAGAAGACGAAAGAAGUUGUCACUGUCGAGGACAUGACUGUCGAUAUUGUGAAGAUGGGUACUAGUGCCAGGGAUUCAUUGGGCAGAACUACUUCUGAUUUGAAACAUUUUGGAGUCUCAAAUGGUCAUCUCUCUGCCAGUGAAGCAGGUCUCUCAUCAAUGCCAGUUUUUGUAUCAGAAGGCAGGGUGCAUGGAGGCAGUUUGAUGGCAAUGCUUGCUGGUGGUUCUGGUGUUGGCUCAUGCAGCAACCAAAUUGUAGCUGGAGAUCCACCAGAGCCAAGAAAAUCAUAUAUUACAACUCAGAACUGGAUGUAAGACUUCUUUCACCUGUGUUUGAUUUGUUCUUAGCUAGUGAAAGACUUUCUAGCUGUUUGGGUCCUUCGGAUUUAUUUGGUCUAGUCUGUUGGUGUUUAGACCUUGUUCUCAUUCAUUUGUCAAGAUGGAGAGGGCAUGCAAGAUCCUUGACACCUUUGUGUGGGAAAACCAAGUAGGUUAGUCAGCAUCAAGUCAGGUCUGGUGUUCUUUUCUUGUAAAUAUUUCUCUCUCUUCAGCAGGUUGUGGUGUACUCAGGUUGUAGCCUGUAAGGUCGGUCAGUUUGUUAAACAUUCUGGUUAUAAUAAAUCCUUUAAGCAGUAUCAUGUUA